AAACAACACCGCUCGUCGUUGCUCUUUUUCUCGGCUCCAUCUUCUCCAUCAGCUACAAUCUCCCGCUCGCCUGCCAAAGUUCUUGCUAAGCCACCAAAGUCAAGGCUUCUUCCGUCAUCGUCCCACUCGCGCUCGCGCUCGCACUCGCAAAACCUCCCAACGCAUCUACGCUUGCACUCGCAAAGAUGAGGUCUUCCGUUGCCGCUGCUCUUGUGGCCUUUGUUGCCUCUAAAGUCGUCCUGGCCGCUCCCACAAUUGGAUCUCGCGCUGCUCAAGUCGAUCUGCAAAGCUGCAAGCCUACUUUCACAGGCAAUCUGGUCUACCGCGGUCCAGACGGUCAAGGACAACGACUUGUAGUAGUCGAGAAUGGUACUCUGCGCGUUCCUCAAAUGCAUGCCCUCGAGGCUCCAUCAAAGCGCAACGUACCCAAAACCCCAGUCAUCUUUUCCGCUUGCACGGAGAAGUUUCUUGGAUACAAUUCCACUGAUGCAUCGGUGCAGUACGGAAACGUUGCUGUGGUCCCUCUCGGCCGUGAAGACGGUCAGAUCGCCAUCCAGGCGCGCUACGGCAACUCGCGUGAGAGCACUCCCUUCAUCCUUAGUGGGGCUCCACACGCUGGUGCAGAGGACAGCGGCAGGUUGUUCGACCAGUGGAAAAUCACCAUCAACAACUCUACCGAUGCGACUCUUCAAUUUGUGAAUGGUCGCAAGGAGGAUGCGCUACCUCAAUUCCGCUACAUUGUUAGCGCCAACAACCGUGAGAUUGUGGGCAACACUGCAUACGAGGAUGGCAGCUCCUUCGCUUUGAUCGAUCUGGCUCCUAUCGAUGAGGCUUCACAGAGCGCUAUUGAGUAGUGAUUGAGCAUCGGGAUCCUCUUUAAUCAGACACGGAUAG